AAGUUCCCUUUUCCACAGUUUGGCUCGUAAAAAGGCUGCAGUAUUUCUGUUGAGAGUUGAGUUUUGUCGGAGCUGUUUGUUGGAGCCAUGGGAGGACUGCAGUGCAUCAAAUACCUCCUGUUUGCCUUCAACUUUCUCUUCUGGUUGGGAGGUACUGCAGUUCUUGGUGUGGGACUCUGGCUGCGUUUUGAUUCCAGGACAGCAGGACUGUUUGAAGGACAGGACUCUCCUUCAGUCUUCUUCACAGGUGUGUACAUCCUGAUUGCAGCAGGGGCUCUGAUGAUGAUAGUCGGCUUCCUGGGCUGCUGUGGAGCCAUAAAAGAGUCGCCGUGCAUGCUGGGAUUGUUCUUCUUCUUCCUGCUCCUCAUCUUUGCUGUGGAAGUGGCUGCUGGGAUCUGGGGCCUCUCCAACAAGGACCGGGUGGUGGAAGACGUGACAGAGUUUUAUAAACAGACCUACACGAACUACAGGGACACCAAACAGGAAGCACUGAAGGAGACGCUCCGCCUCAUCCACUUUGGGCUGAACUGCUGCGGCCCCACAGGGACGGUGAUUGACGCAAUAAAAGACACCUGCCCCAAGCAGCAGGGGCUCGAGCAGCUCAUCACAAAGAGCUGUCCAGCUGCUAUAGAUGAGGUGUUCAACAGCAAACUGCACAUCAUUGCAGGUGUGGGCAUUGGCAUCGGAAUCAUCAUGAUUUUCGGGAUGAUCUUCAGCAUGAUGCUCUGCUGUGCCAUCAAGAAGUCCAGGGACUUUGUCUAGAUGACUUAAUUUUUUUUUUUUUUUUUUUUAUCAUCAUGUGUCCUGCUUUAGUUUUUAAUAAUCAACCAUCUGCUCAUAAUGUUCCUUUUUAGUUGACCGUUGGUUCCGUGCAGGAUGGUGUGUUGACCUGUGACUGUAUGGAACCAGAUCUGAUGUUUCUUUAGACUCUGAGGCUGUCGUCCUCACACCUGAUAAAACAGAUGUUUGGAUCAAAAUAAACAAAAAAAAUCUGCAUUUCAAGCCAGAUUAUUGGUUUUGUUUCCACAGCUCUGCUGCCCCCUGGAGGACGACAGUGAAAGUUUUGUAGGUUUGAAGAUUUUGUCUGCGCUUCAGAGUUUAUGUGAAAUGCUUAAAGGUCUGCCUGUGAUGACUGUUAACAUAUGUUUUGAAGCUAAAUUCAUUUUACUGUGCAAAUAACUAUUUUGCUCAUUCCUGAUGUUACGUGACUUUAUUUUUAAACAAUAAAUGUAUAACUGAAGUUUUAUUCAUAGAGUGCAGUUGAAGUUCCUGUGUCUAAUAAAUGAACUACAACAGUUCCAG